UAGUAACGCCCUUCAUCUCAACAUUUGGGCGCUCGAGCUUCUUUGUUUAGGCCCUGUGCAUUGAGCUUGGAAAUUUUCUGGAAUAUUGUCUUUUUCUCGCUACACAUCGACACUUAAAUCUUCGACACGAGUUACAAGAUUAUGAUAUAGCCUGAUACCAUGGAAAAUAUCGUCUGCUGAGGGAUAUGUUUGGACUGAAGAUUUGAUAGUUCAUAUGGUUGAAAUCGGGGCCCCAGAAAUCGAGGCCAUGAAUCACGAACUUCACAAUCUUUCACUAUUGUAAAGAGACACUGGUUUCACGAUCAUGUAAAACACGUCUCUUUUAUCACCAGAUAUAAGAUUGAAGUUUGGCCUGUAUCUGCAGUUUGUGGUAUGGAUAACAACGUAAGGCAAUAAUGGGGCCGUUAGAUCCACAGCAGCUACUGAGUGCUCUCAGUCCAUUGUUGACCCGCACGGGAGGAAUUAAAGGACCUGACGAAGCAGCAAGAAUAUCGGGUUUGAUGAAAGAUGCUGUCAAGAAGGUUGGAAAGUGUAUCUACAUCAACAUCCUGAAAGCUACCCAGUCCGAGGAUGCUCUAUCCAGGCUGCUGGAGAGCGAUGGCUGGAUGACCCUCAACUCCUGGCUGCAGGAGUGCAAGGAUGAGGACAACAAGCCUCUCCUCAUAGAAAUGCUCAAGCUUUACCAGAACCUUCCAGUCACCAUUCAAAUACUCAAGCAGAAUAAUGCAGCUAAGCUUAUCAAACAGCUCAGCAAGUCUGAGGAUGAAAAGAUAAAAAUCUUGUCAACUAAUAUUGUUGAAAGUUGGAUGAAGAAGAUCCGUGGGAGAAAUAGCAAUUCAGAAAAUGAAAAUGAUAAGAACAAGAAGAAGAAGAAGGACAAACAUAAAGAGACAAAGGACGGGAAGGACAGUAAGGAGAGGAAGGAGAAGUCCCAUCAUCACAGUGAUAAGGAGGGGGAUAAGGAUGGUUCCAACCACUCCAGUGAUCAUAGUGACAGGCUAGGGCAGAACAAUAAACCUGAUUCUAAGUCAGAUAAAGACGCUAGUAAGGAGGAUGCCAAAAAACGACCAAAGACUGUGAAAACAUUUGCUGCCAAAUUUCGGUCGACUGGCAUCGGUGAAGAUAAGACAGUUGCCCCUGUUAAAAAGAAGUCUCAAGAAACAAAUAAAGUUCCUUUGCUUAAGCGUUCUGUUCAAGAGUCAAAGACUGAAGAACUUCCUGAGAAGAAACCCCGCCUCACAUUAAACAUGCCAUCGCUGUCAAGUGCUUCCACUUUGAAUUCUCGUGCUGCAAUAUCUCCGACAGAGAUACAUGGCAGAAUCAAACUCAUUCCACCUAAAAAACCUCCAGAGUUUCAUGAAAGCAGUGGCUUCAUGGACAGCUUAAUAACCAAACCUACAUCGUAUGCUGUGAAGCGAAGGAAGAAGAUCUCCCCAGGGAAGCCAAAUACAAUCCCAACAUCGCCAACCUCACCCACGAUGUCAAACACAUCACCCACUUCGCAAGUCCCACCUAGUCCCACAACAGCUCUAGCUCAGAAACUGCCCUCCGUGCCGUCCUUUUACAAAGACACACUGGAAACAGCAGAAGACACCAAGGAUGACAAGAGAUCACCAUCCCCUGAGGAGAACAUGGAUACCGAAGACGUGGAUAUGAAAUCAGUAGUAGUCAAACUGGAAGGAGAAAUGUCAAACCAUGAGCACGACUUUACAGAAGGCCUUGAGAAAAUAACUGAGAGCAAUGCGGAGCCGAUAGAGGAUCUCCCCGAGUACUCCACACAGGAGCCAAAGUCGUUAUUGACAACAGGAAGCACAAAGAGGCGGAAACCCAAGAAGAACGUCUCCUGGGCUGACGAGUCCAGAAUACGGGAAUUCUUCUACUUUGACUUGGAUGAAACUGAAAGGGUGAACGUGAACCGCCCCAAGGACUCCUUCAACAUGCUGAAGAAGCAGGAAAUGAUGAUGGAUAGAAAGGCCAUGGAAAGUGCUAAAAGAUUAAUUAACGACAACAUGGUUGAGGCAAUUCCGUGGCGAACCCCCCCAAUCUUUGAUGAUGCUACAACCUUUGACUUUGGCGCCAACAGCACUGAGAAGGAGAUUCAAAAGGCCAGAGAACAGAAGGUUCUGCAGGCUAUUUUCUUCUCAAAGACUAUGGUGCCAGAUUCUCCCAGCGAACCAGAAUUGGAGUCGAUUGAACCCUCACAACCAAGAAUCAUUCCCCUUGAAGACGAGAAUGCCGGAGAGGAACUGUGUUACACGUACGACAACCUGUACCCCCAAACAACGGUACAGCAACAACCACCACCACCCAUCAAUGUUGACCCCUACAGCUUGCCGCCGGAGCUGGCCAAUGUGCUGGCUUCCAUCCAACAGCAACAGCAGGAUCCAUCUGCACAGCAUGCCACCAACACAGCGCUGGCAAAUAUCCAGAAUAUCAUUGCUUCUUAUCUGGCGGGAUCCGAAGGAAAGACUGGGGAAUUAUCUGAGAAUCUACGACAUGCUUUGGAGCCGUUCAAACAACAACUUCCUGACUUUAUGCAGGGAUUUGGUCCCGAGAAUGGUCCACCUGGACCUCAUGGACCCAUGAUGCCGGGUGCCAGACCAGGCCUACUGGGAACAGCACCCCCAGGAUUCCCACCGAUGGGGGGACCCAUGCCACCCCGAUUUCCAGGUCCCGGUCCCGGCCCUGGCCCAGGUAUGGGUGGACCCAACCCUGGUAUGGGUGGUCCUGGCCCUGGUAUGGGUGGUCCCGGGGGCCAGGUGGUCCUGGAGAGAGUGAUGACUGGGGGGAGAACAUGAUGGGUGGACCUCCACAUGGGCCACCAAUGAGAGGCAGAGGCGGGAUGCCCUUCAUGAGGGGAGGACCACCUCGAGGAAUGCCUCCUCGCAUGAUGAGAGGAAGAGGAGGACGAGGAGGGCCACGAACACGACCUGUCUGUCGACACUGGAGGCACUUCGUCCAACCAGGAGGCUGUAGGUUUGGCAAUAGCUGUAACUUUCUACAUCCGGGUGUUAACGGUCCCCCGAACCCAUGACUAUCAGCCCAUGCAGCGUAGUAAGGGCCAAC